CAUAAUAGUCAGCCGCCGUCAGCGGCGCGACUCGUCGCAAAAUUUUAUUAUUUACCUAAGAAUCAGACUUGGCACGCCGUCUCGUGAGCUACUCAGUUUGUUGUUGAAUGCGCGAGUCAAUUGCUUUUUUUCUUCAACGGAAAUCUUUCACGUAGUGUCUCGGUUGGCUUUGAUUUGCCUCUAGUUAUCGAAAAUGCAUUUUAGCAAAGUUUCCCCAGAUUCAGCUCCGAGCGAUUUGGACAAGCCGGUAGAUGAAAUCAUUGGAAACAAUAGUUAUCAUCCCGGUGUUGCCGGUGCCGAGUAUGAUGGGCUUCAUGUCCAAUGUCCUCCUCACACAACGGAGCGGAAGCUCAUAACACGUGUCGACUGGCACUUGAUACCCUUCCUCUGUAUUCUUUAUCUCCUGGCUUUCUUGGACAGAGUCAAUAUUGCCAAUGCGAAAUCUUUCCGCCUGGUUGAAGACCUACACCUCGAGAACCACGAGUAUAAUACUGCCUUAACCAUGUUUUUUAUACCAUAUGUAAUUGCCGAGAUCCCUAGCAAUAUCUUCCUAAAAAGGUUCUCACCUCGCAUAUGGCUUCCUACCUGUAUGUUGGGGUUUGGCAUUGCGUCCGUAUGUCAGGGGCUUGUACAGAACUAUUCUGGUCUCCUUGCGACACGAUUCUUCCUAGGGUUGUUCGAGAGUGGAAUGUUUCCUGGAUGCUUUUACCUCAUUAGCAUGUGGUACAAGCGGAGUGAAUCGCAGAAGCGUUACUCUCUAUUCUUUACGUCCACUUCUCUAGCUGGUGCUUUCGGGGGUCUCUUGGCGUCUGCUAUAGGCAAGAUGCAGGGUAUCCGUGGAUAUAAUGGCUGGCGAUGGAUUUUCAUACUCGAAGGAAUCCUUACAUGCCUAGUUGCGGUUAUCUUUUACUUUGUUUUCCCCUCGUUCCCCGAGGAAGCUAAGUGGUUGACGGAAGAGGAGCGGACUUACAUAAAAGCCCGACUACAAGCUGACCAAGGCCAUAAUGCUGCUGAUCGAAAGACUACGUUUCGCGAUGUUGUAAAUGUAAUGAAGGAUCAUCGUGUCUGGCUUGGUGGGGUUAUGUACUUUGGGCUGAUCGUCCCCGCGUAUGGUUAUGCCUUUUUUGCGCCUACCAUCAUUUCGACAUAUAAUUACGAUCCUAUCCAGACGCAGCUCCACAGUGUAGUCCCUUGGGCUGCAUCUUUUGGCUUCUCUCUUCUCACAGCUGUGCUAUCCGAUUGGAUGCAUCAUCGUGCAGCUUUCGCACUUGCGCCACUUACUCUUGGUCUCGCAGCUUUUGGCGUUUUACUCAGGGUCCACGACAACACACCUGUUCAGUACGCAAUGUUAUGUUUCAUUACGAUGAGCACUUACAGCGUGUUGCCCAUUACUGUCUGCUGGUUUAGCAUGAAUCUCGGUGGUCAUCAUCGUAGAGCUAUAGGUACAGGGUGGCAGAUUGGCUUUGGUAACAUCGGCGGAAUCAUAGCUACGUUCGCUUUUCUCAAUACCGACGCCCCCUAUUUCAAGAACGGUUAUUCGAUCUGUCUCGGUUUCACAUGUUUGAGCGGCUUGGCGUCAGUCUUAUAUCUCAUAUCGAUCUACCGCGAAAACCAGAGGAGAAAGAAGGCUGUCAGAGACGUUGGGUUAUCUGACUACGAGAAGAGCGAGUUGGGAGAUCUGAAUCCCGAGUUCAGAUACAUGUAUUAGCGUAUAAGUGGGACUGGCGAGCAAUCGUGUUUUAGACAUUGGAUUGGACAGAAAUAUAGAGAGGGGGAUUGGGUAGAUGGGAUAUUUCAGUUAAUAUGGGAUCUCGAGCACUAUAAACACGGUAUUAUAUUUUAUAUACGGCUUAAAGCUGCUAAGCGAUAGUCUCAUAGAUUUAUUCCAUUCACACUAGUCGGCUCCUUCGAGGAAAGGGGCCGAGUACAACCAGGUAGCGUCGUCCCAGGCAUAUAAGGCCCGCCUCAACAUCGAUCGAA